AUGAAAACCAAAUACAAUAAAUUGUCUCCUAUUGAUCAAUCCAAAUCAUUUAAACCUGAACUACUCAAUGAUUACUAACUAAAAAUGAAUAUCUUAAAAUAAAAAAUUAUUCAUGAACGAUCCUCUCUUCGAUAAAUAAAUGGAGACCUAAGAAAAAUCUCAUAGGAACUCCAUAACAGAAUCUUUAAUUAAAAAUUCAAUUUCAAUAAACUUCUUAAAUAAAAUUAGUUUAUCAAUCACUAAUCUCAAAAGGACUCUAAUCCUGUAUUAAACAUACUUAAAAAAGAAUAACUAUUAUAAUAACAAUUGCAAUUAGAAUUAUCAAAACAAAAUAUGACUUAAUUUACUAACUAUGAAUAAGAACAUGAUAAAUCUCAACUCCUAGAUAAAAUAACUAUUAAUAAAAAAAAAUAAAAAUCAAAAUAUCGUGACAUUUUAAAAUCAAUUUUCAUUAAAUCUAUUGCUUAAUCCUUUCAUGAUGACUCUAUCAAUGUCAUCAAUUAUCUGACCAAACCUAAAUCCAUAUCCAUUAAUGAAUAAACCUAUCAACCCUCUCACAAUAGUUCUAUUAAACCUAUUGAUUAAUAUAUUCUAAACAAAUUAGAAAAUAUUGCACAAGAUUAACUUGAUAAUAGUUAUAUACCUUCUCUUACUCAAAAUGAAAUUAAAAUAUCUCCCCAAAAGAACUCUAUACAUAAAUUAAUUCCUAUUACAACUGCCACAGCUGAGAUCUCUAAAUUAAAAAAAGGAAUAUAAUAAGAGGAUUUUUCUAACCCCAAACUAAUACAAGAAUUUAAAUAUGAAAGUGGAAUUAUAAACUAUGAAAUAACAAGAAAAGCUUAAGGAAGAAUUACGCUCUAUUAAAAAAUUCUUAAAAUGUAAAACGAAUCAAGAUCAUAGAGUUAGAGUUGUUAUAUCAAUUAAGAAAUUAUUCAUCCGAUUCAAAAUAAGUUUAGAAAUUGA